AUGGAUUUAGACCUUGCGUUAAGAAUGGAAAACCCCGCUCCUCUUACGGAUGCUAGUUCCUCCGAGGAUAGGAGGAUCUAUGAGAAGUGGGAUCGUUCUAAUCGCUUGAGUCUUAUGAUCAUCAAGCGCGGCAUACCUGAGGCUUUUAGAGGUGCGGUGUCUAGUGAGAUCACUGAUGCUGCAAGUUUCCUUGCUGAAAUAGAGAAACGCUUUGCAAAAAGCGAUAAGACUGAAACUGGUAUUCUUUUAAAGAAACUGAUUUCAAUGAGGUUCAGAGGCAAGAAAAGUAUAAGAGAGUACAUCGUUGAGAUGUCUAACAUUGCUUCAAAGCUGAAGUUGCUAAAGCUCGAGUUGCCGGAUGAUUUACUCGUGCAUUUAGUUCUUAGUUCUCAUCCUCCACAGUUUGGCCAAUUCUUGGAUUUCACUCCUGUCAUUGAUCAAAUUGUGAAUCCAAAACAAGACAUUGUUAAUCAACCCCUUGAGGAACAAAUUCAACAACCUCAAGAACAAGAUCAAGAACAAAUGCUUUAG